AAAAUAUUGUUCGUAUGUGUGGUGUAUAUUUGUUAUUUCUCGCGGGAAUCAAGUCAGUUGAAUCACUGGUUGACAUUUGAUGGAUUUGUAAAUCCUCUCCAAACUAUAACACUGUGAAUGUUAACCCUCUAAAAGGAAAACCAGUCUAAGAUAUAGGUUUUACAAAGAUAAUAUAUGAUGAAUAGAAAAUUUAGCCGCAUUCGGCAUUCACUGAGGUCGCUAUAUAGGAUAUAGUCAAGACAAGUCAGUGUUAUUUGAUGUUUCGCUGAAGUCUUUCGAUGGACUUCUUUUUACUUCGACAGAAUCCGAACUGUGAGAUUAUCUAGCAUUGCCAUUUCAAUUUUGCUGAUUAAAUUGAAUGUUAAAUGAUCAGUACAUUUCUCCGUGUAUUUAGCAGUGGAAAAUUUGAUAUUUUCGGAAAAAGUGCAAAUGACUCGCUGGUAUUUUAAAGAUUGAUUGUGCUGGAUUAAAUAAUACAAGAGCUUAGUUACUCGGUCGUGCCCGCUGAGGUUUUACCUCGUGUUGUUUUAUUGUUCUCCCACCGACGGGUUUUCUGGAACUGGAUUUCUAUUUUGACUUAUGUGAAGUCUGAUCAAUUAGCAUUUUCCUGGGUAUUAUUGGACAAUGAAAUCAAAAUAACGUCGUAAAACGUUGUAAUUGAAGACAUAAUGUUAUAAAAAGCUGCCAUUAACAAUAACGUUAUAAAACGCUGUAUUUAAAGAAAUGGCGCUAUAAAACAUUAUACAAAACUGCAAUCGAAGACAUAACGUUAUCAAACAUAAUGCAACACUGCAAUCGAAGGCAUAGCGUAAUCAAACACUGAUAUUAACGAUUUAACUUUAUUAAACCCUGCAAUUUACAACAUAACGUUAUAAAACACUGCAAUUAAAGACAUGAUUUUCUAAUUCCGGAUAUUAGGUAAUAUUAGGUUUUAAUCCGUUUAAUAAAUAAUCGUGAAAGCUAAAAGAAUACACAAGUUUGUACAUUUUACAGUAUUAUCGACAGAUGGUGAGGACAAUUAAAACAACGUUAUUUAGACUCAGGCGACGAGUAAUGUCUGCGUUUAUAGCAGUUACCACGUUUGACAAGAACAUAAGAAUCAGGGAUAUAUUCAUUGCUAACUUGAUCAAAGAAAAUCUGAAACAUUGUGGAUUUGAACAAUAAUAUCAAGACUCGAAAUAGAGCCAGAACGUGAGCGAGGACAAUGACGAGUCUACCAAACAUCGGCUAUUACUGUGGAUUGUUGGUGUAUGUAGGCUUUAUUAAAGCCGAACCCUCUGUGCCGUGGAACUUGACUAUAUACAACAAUAAACAGUCUUGGAAUGAAGGCUACAACAUUUGUAAAAACAACAACCAGACGCUCCUCAGUAUCAGAGAUGAGAAUAAAUAUUCUGCCAUGGGAAAAAUUGCACCAAUAUGGAGGGCGGAAGGUUAUCUUAACAAUGAUUAUUGGCUUGGGCUCUUUGACAUUAGUCCGCCAGAUGGUAACUACACGUGGACUGACUGUACACCCAAGGAAUCAUGGGAAUUGUGGGACACGGGAGAACCGGAUGAAAAAGACACCAGCAUGUGUGUUCGAGUCUACCAAUAUAGCGGAAAAUGGCGGACGUUUUUCUGCGAUGAUUAUUACCAGAUCAUAUGUGAAAACAAACUGGAUUCGUGUUGGUAUGACGAAUACGACGGCUACAAGUUAUCUGGUAUGUUGGAAUCGUAUGGUAAUUCAGAAUUAGACGAGUGUGUUAUAAGAUGCGACAAUAAGGAAGAUGGCGAUAACGAGUGUGUUGCCUUUAGUUACAGUGUUACAUUUAAACUGUGUCGUCUGUUGAUAGAAGGUCACGUGUAUAUUGGCAACGAACCAGCCAUUCAGAUAGAUACCAUUCAUACAACAUUCGUCAAGAGGUGUUACGAAUACAAUAUCAUGCCGGAAAUGAAUGUUACGGUGAGCAAGGAUAGACAGCCAGCCCACGAAUGUACAUCAGAAAUUGUUGAAAGUACGGUUUCCACGGUGAACGGUGUAAGCACCCUGAAAAUUGAAAGUAGCGCUAUGGAAAUUGAAAGUAGCUCUAUGAAAAUUGAAAGUACUGCGGGUAUGGAUAUGUUAUCAUCGAGUAAACAGGCUGUAUUUAAAGAUAUUAAUCCUGAAAUAAAUUAUACGGAGAAAACGUCUUACAGUUUUACUGAGGAUUUAGCUGCAUCCAGUACCAUGAUGUUAGAAUCUGUUAAGAACACGGCGGAAUCCAGUGUUACAGAUUCAUCAAUCAUCACUACGGAGACUUCAUCUUCCGUUAAAAUAGUCAACUAUAACACACAGCUCACCUCAUCAUCGUCAACAGCGACACCUGUAGCCAAAACCAACGUAGUAUGUCCGUGUAAAUGUUUUACGGAAAUAGAAGGUUCCACCGUAGAAGCCGAGAUAAUAGAAGAGAUAAAAAAAGAGUUGGUCAUCAACACGACUUCCCUUUCCUCCUUUAAACGGAAGCUAAGUUCGGCAAGUGAUAACAGAAGCUCGGCCGUUGUCGUUGGAAGUAUUGGUAUUGGUUUUCUUGGCUCCAUCAUGCUAUUUGUCGCCAUUUUGGAUUUUCAUCACAUGUUCCGUGCGUUAAAGAAUGUUUUGGAUCAUUAUAAACAGAAUCGUAUUAGUGUUGUUUAUCAGCAACAAUAAAUGUUGUUACAUAU